GACUCCGUGACCUGGACUGCUGAAGUUGUCCCAACUUGUGCUCAGUUAACAGUAGAACUGCCGAGGAGAAUGACAUCUCUGCUGAGGAGACUGUCCCUGUGUCUCUCUGUCCUCCGGAUCUUUGUCACAGCGAUACAGGGAGAGUUCGUGGAGCUCCCUCCAAAUGCUUUCGUACGCUCCUUGGCAGAAGACGAGACCGUCCUGCCCUGUCGCUACAAGCCAAGUGAGACCAACGUGGUGGUGGUGCAGGUCACUUGGUAUAAGGAGAAACCUGAUGCCACCAAGGAACAGAUCAUCACUGCACACCAUAUUAAUGGACAGACAGCAUUUGGGCCGUGGUCUCGACGUGUGCGCUUUAGGGGCAGCGAACCCACAGUGGACUCAUCUCUGGUUAUCAUGAACACGGAGGUCUCUGAUGAGGGGAAGUAUAUCUGCCACAUCAGCACCUUCCCCUCUGGCAACUUUGACAGUGAGAUGUCGCUCAUCGUAUGGACCAUUCCUAUCUCCUCCCUGGACCCUGUGAUUCUGGUGGAGGGACAGUCCUACCGACAGGCCGCCUCCUGCCGCUCCAUAGCGCGCCCACCCCCCCGCCUCUCCUGGGACACCGACCUGAAUGGCCAGUCCACCAACCGCUCCUCCGACAACGGGGCGGUCACCUCGCACUACUCCCUGCACCCCCUGAGGAGCAUGAAUGGCAAGAAGCUGGACUGUCUGGUGUGGCAUGCGACUUUGCCGAGGCCCCGCAGGCUCAGCAACUACCUGGUAGUGUACUUCCCUCCACAUGCAGAUGUGUCCGGCUACAAUGGAGACUGGUCCGUGGGUCUGGAGAAUGCCGCCCUGAGGUGCGUGAGUGGAGGAAACCCCAAACCGCAGAGUUUCACCUGGAUCAGAAUGGGUGGAGAGUUGCCGGAAGGUGUGAUCCCCCACCCUAAUGGAACACUGAUUUUUGGGCGACCCCUAAACUUGUCAGACCGAGGCACCUACCAGUGUGUGGCAAAGAAUGAAGUGGGAGAGGCGAAGGCGGAGGUUGAGAUUGUUGUGACAGAAUCUCCCGGGAAGCAGGAGGUGCCUGAAAACAUGCUGAUGUUCAUCGUGGGGGGUUUGCUGCUGGUCUUGAUGCUCAUCGUCAUCAUCACGGUCACUUGCCACCACAAACGCAAAAACAAGAAACUGGAGAGGGAGCUGACUGAGAAGAAGGAGGAAAUAAGCACUCUCUCCAGGCAGGCUUCUUUCAGGAGAAUGAACUCGAUCAGCACAGAUACCAGAGGAGCGACAGAGGAAAACAUCCCGCUGAGGGUGGAGGGAACCCUGAGGACCAGCCUGUCUUCCCUCGGGGAGCAAGCUCACUGCCGCGACAGCCGAUCUACUAUCUCAGGGGGGCGGGGAGGUGGAGGAGGGGGAGCGUUUGACUACCUGGGCAGACCAGUCCUGCACAACAACUCGCGGAGGGGGAGAGACGAGGAGAACCGACUCAGAGUGGAGACAUAUGUGAGAAACAGCGCCAUGUCUUUGCAGGAAACUCGUUUUCACCCUCCUCUCACGCCAUCAGCCUUCCCUGUGGUGCAGCCCACUGAGAUUUUGAGACAGCUUAACGGCAGCACAAUUAUCCCAACCGACGGGGGUUCACGGCCAGGAAGUGUCACCAAAAAUCACCAGCACCCUCCUCUGAGCUGCAACUACCCACCGGUAACAGAUGAUGAGGAUGAAGUGGAUGAAGGUUUGGGGGGUCCUGCCAGCCAGGAGCAUCCUGAUGACCAAGACAGCGAGACCAACAGCUCCCAGGUGUCCGAGGCUCACAGUACACGCUAUCAGCAGACUAAUGGCAUGUUUAGACCCAGACCCCGACCAAGCCCGAAUGCGAUCAGUCCCCAUGCCUCCCUGAUCCACAAGGCUCAGAUAGUUUAGCAGGCUGCUGGAAAAUAACAUGUGAAACUACAGACCUGAACUGACUGACUGAGGUUGGUCAUAACCCAGAAAACCUGUUUGUGGUCAGUAGUGAUAAAAUUGCACCUUGACUACAACACCGCGUCUUCUUUAUUGCGUGGGAACACGGUGCAAUAGAACAAGGUUCUUAAAGGAAAAAUCUACUCUAAAGCAUCUCCUGUACAUAUCUGGAUUUCUAAUAUCUGCCUGAUGUUUGGUGAUCAACGGUUCUCUUGUGUAUUCCCCCAGUUCUCUGGCACAAACAAAGACAAGGUCUCAGUAUUUCCAGUGCAGCUCCUACAGCUUUAAUGGCAGACAAUAUUCCUUGCUCUUCUUUCGCGGUAUAGUACCUGUUGCCUUACCCGGCUGUAACUAACAGGUGAAUGCAACUGACAUACCUUCUGUGCGGGAUGUUGAAAACACUCAAGGACAUGUAUAGGAAAUCAGGAAAUGCAGGAGAAGGCUGUGGGAAAGUUGGCACAUCAGAUAAGUAGAUUGCAACACCUCUGUACUGAGGGUGGAAUUUUGCUUUAGUGGUUUUCAGUACCUGUGCCUGAAUUAGGUACCCUUACACAACACAGUUUGGGAUCUGAUCUAAAUCAUGGGGUUGUUACUCUCUUGCCACACCUGCAACAUGCAUACCUCCAUAUCACUUAUUACAGUCCCCGUGCCUUUGCCUUAAGCACUAAGACAGUUUGGAUUGGAUAAAGACCUCAUACUGAUAAAACAUAAGUGAUGUAUCCUAUACAUGUCGUGAUUUGGCAAUCUGUAAAUCUGUACAAAUAUACAAAUGGUAUGCUUUUUUCAAAAUAUUUUUAAAACACUUAAAUUCAAGUCAUAACAAUAUGCAGUAAAUUAGUAUAUCGACACAUUCAAUAUGUCUGUCCUCCCAUCCCUCACCAACCAUCUGCCCCGGCAUUCACACACACACACACACACACACACACACACACACACACACACACACACACACACACACACACACACACACACACACAAGUAGAUACAUAAUCAAUACACCCUGCUGCUGUGUUGCUAGGAUAAAAGUUGAUACACUAUUUUACAUAUUAAGCAUGUCCAUGCACAGAAAAUAAACUGGAUAUAUGCAGCAUAUCUUCAUUUAUCUACACACAUACAAAGGAGUUUAAAAGCUGGAAAACCUUUUUUUUUUGUUUUUAUUUAGCUGUAUAUUUGUAAAAUACAUUUUAAUUACACAUUUUUUUUUUUUACAUGUCACUUCAGCUUGCUGGAGUUUUUCAACAUCCAAGACAGGAGGAAUUUUACAUAAACUGUUACAGAUUUUUAAGAUUGUGGCAGUUCCAAGAAUGUAUUGUUAAUUUGCGGACUUCUGUUGUAUAUGUUGUCUACAUGUGUUCUGUAAAGUGUUGGGUUCUGCUAGAGUCCUGAUAUGGGAAGCAAUGUGCCAAAGGGAAUAUAUAAAACCAUCACUUUUGCUUUUUUGGCAAAUCGAAAGUAUUAUUUUGUUAUGUAUUGCCACUGUGUUGUGUUUUGUUAGAAAUAUUGGAUUAAAAGUAUCCUGGAACUGCCAUAUUAUCCGGUAGCACCCAACAGGUAGGAGCAGCAGAGAAAUGGUAUUAUGCUCAAUGUAGGCUGUUUUUGUUGCAGACAGUGCCCCCCGAUGUGUACUGCUGGAAAGUGCAGGGACUCGAAUGAGCCUACAGACUACAAAACCACUGAACUAAGAAAAGCUCUGCAUUCCACUGAGAUUUUGGAAAAUGAUCUUCCCGGUCAUGUACCCUUGAUUUCCAUUUAUUUUGAGGGGUACAUUUGGUUAUCAGCGUGUAUUGGUGGGUUGAAAUAAUUGUGCAUGGAUUUUCUAAAAGCACACAAAAAAACGUAUAUGUUAUCACAGGCUUUUGGAUAAAUCCUAUUUUCUUGAUUAUCUAAAUAUGGGGGUUUUACCCUGAUACCUCUUCUGGCUGUGCCAGGGAAUUAUCUGUUGAGAUUCCUGUGUAAAUAUUUGCAGGUGGUUAAUUUAAAAGAUCAGAUGUCAAUUCUGCCCUUAGCGGUCAAACCCACUGGGGAUGGUCCCUAUGGACCACCUAUUCCUCCCACUCUCUGUGCAUAGUCUAUGUAAUGUGUUGCUUUAUCAGCUAAUCUGGAAGACUACUUCCCCUCAGUGUGAAGUGUUUCAGUUAGUUUGUGGUAUUUUCGUUCCAGGUAUUCAUUCAAGAAUAAGCACUAGGUAAGCAUCAACUACAAAAUAAAAGGUAUUAAAACUAAUUGUUGAUGCAGGGCCUCAGAAUUACCCAUCAAGACGUAAUGGGUAAAAAUGCAGGCGACACCUCAUGGCCUUUAAUAUUUGUUUAUAUUGUGCUUUAGUACUUGUUUUACCAAGCAAACCAUACCCAAAAAUAUGGGUUGGUUACCCACUUUGCCUGGUCUGCAAUCCAGCUCUGAAAUUCAGUCCAGGGACCUCCUAUGAAAUUGCUUUAGAUGUCUCUAGAAGCAACAGUUCGUCUGUUUCACCCACCAACUAAUCACAAUGGAGCAGUGUACAGUAUAUGACCUAAGCAGCUUGUUUAUAGGGUCUUUGACAUGUCUGUUGUUGUUGUUUAUUUUUUAA